UAUUACCAUCUCUGUCAUAUCUCCUCCUCUAUCCAUAUCCAUAUUUUCCCCUUUUCCAUCCGCGAGCGAGGGAGUGAGUGAGCAAUCGAGAUCGAGAUGGAGGUGGCGAGAGGCGGCGGGAAGCUGAACCCGUGGGCGGAGCCCUUCGUGCCGGCGGGCUGGUCGGCCACCUACUGGCGCUGCGGCGGCGUCGCUGCCGUGGAGCCGGCUGUGGCCGAGGUGGAGGACUUCUCCCCGGAGUGGUGGCGCCUCGUCGGCUCCUCCCCGGCCUUCCGCGACCGCUGGCUCCGGGACUACUCCGCGCUGGGCCUCCUCGACGACAACGACAACGGCGACGGCUACGACCUCGAGGGGUUCCUCCUCCCCGACGACCUCUUCUCCUCCACCCCUCAUCUGGUGGGAGAACCGGCGGAUGAGAAGGAGGGCAAGGGUUUCGGCGGCGCCGGGGGGAAGAAGGUGAAGGGCGGGUCCGCCGAGGUGGUGGCGUGGGGCAUCGACAAGUGGUGGCGCGCGCACUCCUCGCCGCCGGAGGUGCCCAGGUACGCCGACAAGGCGCCCAGGAGGGUCGCCGCCGCCGCCGCUAGGGUCAACCCCCGCCCCAUCCAGCAGCCGCGCUGAGCGUCCGUCUCCGCCGCCGCCCGCGUAAUCAUCCAUCCAUCCACCCAUCUUGACAAACAAGCAGAAAAAAAUUAGGGAAAAAAAGGUUUUGUUUUGUUAUUUUCGAUCUACUCCUAGCUUUUUUGCUAAUCUCGUCGCGUCGUCAUCGUCGUCAAGAUCUGGGUUUUGGUCAGGAUCUAUGGAGCUGCGAGAGAUCUCCCCUGUGUUGUGUACAGAAUCAUGUAAAAAAAAUGCUGAUGUAAUAAAGAUUGCAGCGAGAGAUUUCGCAGCUGCUGCCUUGUAAUUUCCGAGAUAUGGAUACAGUUCCCCUUUCGUGUCUGA